UUGCCUUGCCUAGCCGAAAAAAGUAUUUAGUUUCCCCUUCCCCCCUCCCCAGACGUUACUCCACACUCUUGCUCUGCACUUUCACACCUGAAUUUCCAACGGAGCCCACCUCUGCACACAACUGGAGGAAGUUCCGCCACACACCUACACACCCUUGUUCAACACCAUGACUCCAGCCCUGCAGCCAUCACAAAUCAUCCCAAAAUGCAUACCUCCGGCCAUUGACAACGGCUCGUUGAUCUUCCAGGACAUGCUAGGCGUCGGCGCCUAUGGCUCUGUCUACAGGGCACUAGACACCCACUCUGGACAGAUGCGUGCUGUCAAAUGUCUCAUCAACCCGGCACAUAAUUCUCGGCAACGUGCAUUCCAGGCCCUCGAAGCGCAACUCCAUGCCCUGGUCUCUGGCCAUCCCAAUAUUGCAACGUUACACAGAGUCAUCGAGGAUGAGGACUUUCUCUACAUGGUCCUUGAUUGUGGUGUCGAGGGCGAUCUCUUUUCCAAGAUCACCGAGCGAGGAGGCUAUGUCGGUAACGAUGCGGCUAUCAAGACGAUCUUCGCGCAAAUUGCUAGCGCUGUCAUGCAUUGCCAUUCUCAGGGCGUUUUCCAUCGAGAUCUCAAGCCAGAAAACGUUAUCAUUGUCGGCGAUGAGGUAAAGCUGGUGGACUUUGGUCUAGCCACGGCGGAACGUAUCUCAACGGAAUUCGGCUGUGGAUCCACGUUCUACUUGUCGCCAGAAUGUCAGGGAGGAUAUCUCGAGCCAGUCAAGUCGUACGACAGUGCCGCAAACGAUGUGUGGUCGAUGGCCGUUAUCCUGAUCAAUCUCGUCUUUGGCCGCAACCCGUGGAAACAAGCUUGUGUCAGAGACGAGACUUUUGCCGCCUAUGUUCGAAACACGGACUUUCUGCGGACGAUCCUUCCCAUGUCGAACGAACUCAAUGAGAUCGUGAAGGCUGCAUUUUGUCUCAAUCCACGCGAACGCAUCUCUCUGCAAGAGCUCGCGAACCGCGUCCAGCUCUGCAAGUCCUUUACCACACAUGGCCUUCCUGCCCGCGACUUGGCUGCCCCAACGACCGUUGAAGCUACCGCUCAGGCUGCCAAAACAGCAGCAGCAACAGCAGUACAGAUCGGCUCCUACUUUGUGCCUGAAGAAAAGCGUCAAGCUGGCAAUGAGAAAGAUCAGAGUCAAGACUCUGGUGUAGACCUGCAUUCCAUGAGCUAGAUGAAGCAAGUGGGCCGUAUCUAUCUCUAUGUCGGUCGACCGCCUUUUUUUUGCUCUUGUCCUCUUUUCAUUCUUUCGCGUCCAUGUGGUCAAGGAUCGUGGGUGUUCAUAAGCAAGACUGCAUCAAUCAAGGAAAAACUCCCCCCGAGGAACGAAUAUCGGGUUGCUGCAGGCGCCUUUUUUCGGUUAUACCCUUUCCUGCACUCUUUACCAUGAACCUUUUCCGUCCAUACAUAUUCCAAAGAAGGACCAUG